UGGAGUUGCGGAGACCUCAAGGCUGGCGAGGACACAGGGGAAGCUGCAAGACCAGGAGGCGCUGCGACGGCCCACAGUGAGCAGGGCGGAGCAGAGCAAGGCGGCCGCCUCCGCGCGCCCCACAGGGACUGGCCUCUCCUCCCGGGAGCACAGUGCGCAGGGCUGCAGACGGGGCGCACCCCGGAUGGGCUCGCAUGGACCUUCCGCGCAGCAGGCUCUUCCGGGUGUUGCUGCUGGUAGCCACCAGCUCCGGCAUCUUAUUCACACUGUACUCCUCGGCGGGGCAGUGGUCCCGGGAGACCUGGGCCCCUGCCAGGAACAUCCUGUCACCUCGAACAUUCUUUGAACCCAAUGCAUCGAAUUCCGAAAACAAAAAGAGCCGGCUUUGCCAACAGCCACUUUCCCGGGCCAUUGAGGAAGACCAACGCUUCCGGGGUCUGUUUGAUCUCUCCACCCCAGUGCUGCUGUGGGACGACCUCCUCACUCAGGAACUCUGGAACAAUCUGAGCCAGUAUAAAGUCCCCUAUGGAUGGCAGGGGCUCUCCCACAAAGCCGUCGUCUCUACCCUGAGACUCCUGAGCAGCCCCGAGAGUGCAGAACUGUUUGGUCCCUCCAGGAAGCUACCUCUGAGCUGUAUUCGCUGUGCUGUGGUGGGUAACGGAGGGAUUCUGAAUGGAUCCUGUCAGGGUCAGAAAAUCGACGACCAUGACUAUGUGUUCAGACUCAAUGGAGCGGUGAUCAAAGGCUUUGAGCACGACGUGGGCACCAAGACCUCCUUCUACGGUUUCACCGUCAACACCAUGAAGAAUUCUCUCAUCUCCUACUCCAACCUGGGCUUCACCUCUGUACCACAAGGGCAGGACCUGCGCUACAUCUUCAUCCCCUCAGACAUCCGUGACUACCUGAUGCUGAGGUCUGCCAUUCUGGGUGUGCCUGUUCCAGAAGGUCCCGAUAAAGGGGACAGGCCUCACACCUAUUUUGGACCAGAAACCUCUGCCAGCAAAUUCAAGCUCCUGCAUCCAGGCUUCAUCAACUACCUGACACAGAGGUUUUUGAAAUCCAAGAUGAUUAACACUCCCUACAGAGACUUGUAUAUGCCCAGCACAGGAGCACUCAUGUUGCUGACAGCCUUGCACACCUGUGACCAGGUCAGUGCCUAUGGAUUCAUCACAAGCAACUACCAGAAAUACUCAGACCACUAUUUCGAACGAGAAAAGAAACCACUGAUAUUCUAUGCAAACCACGAUCUGUUGCUGGAAGCUGCACUAUGGAGGGAUCUGCACAACGCCGGCAUCCUUUGGCUAUACCAGCGCUGACCCCCUCCCCACCCCCAACGUACUGAUUUCGUUGCUUCAAAAACUGUUCCUGACCUUUCAACCUUUGGAAGAGGCAACACUCCCCUUGGCCCUCUACUUCCCAACAGAGGGUACUGAGACAAGACCCAUAGCCAUCACAUCAGCAGGGCCUGUUCA